CUGGUGCUCUCUCACCAUGAAGGCUGCGUCCGCAUCGACUACGUUGUUACGAUCCUCCGGUUCCAAAGGUUCCGUUGGUCGGCACUUGUCUACCGUUUACGGAGAAAACGCGACCAAAAUACUGCCACUCGAAGUCGACGCAACGAACACUGCCACUCGUGACCAACAGCUCGUCCGCGUCUUGAGAGAAAUAUGUCCCUCGUUUUUCGAAACCAGUCACAACUAUCACGAACAGUCGUCUGCCACACACGGAGUGGAACGACGCGACGACCACACUAUGACCAUACAACCACUCCUCGGUGGUCUUUCCAAUCAAUUGUUCGUUUGGAAACGCCCAGACUCCUCCUCCUCGGUCCUCUUUCGGAUUCAUCCCCGCAGCGAAGUGGAAAUUGUGAAUCGCGAGACGGAAAACCGCAUCCUCGUUAUGCUCAGUCAGCAAGGCGACGCUCCACUCUUUUACGGACGCUUCGCCAACGGAAGAGUGGAAGAAUUCUACGACAACCAUCGACCUUUGUCCUGUCGUGAAAUGAACACGUACGCGGCGGAAAUUGCCGCCCUACUGGCUCGGUUACACCGUAAACACGUGCCGCCGCAAGUUUUGACACCCACCGACGAUGGACACCUUUGGACGCGAUUGGAAGAAUGGUUCCGCAUGGCGUCGCAGCAACAGCCUGAGCAACGUCGCAUUACCACCGAUUCGACUCUUAUGUUGGAGCGACUGCAAUUCGAAUGGACCUGGCUGCAAUCCGUACUGCGGCCAACGCAAUCUAGAUGUACUACCAAAGCGAUCAACGGUACCGCUGACGCUGCGCCAACGCAGGGAACCCCAGCCCAGCAAGCGCAAGACUUUUUGGACGAGAUUGUCUUGACCCACAUGGAUUGUCAGAGCCUUAAUCUCUUGCGACCCGACAGCAACGACGACGGAAACGAGAGUGCUUCGUCAAAGGCUGGCCCCUUGCGGCUGAUUGAUUUUGAAUACGCAGGUCUUAAUCCACGGGCCGCGGACAUUGCCAAUACUUUUUGCGAAUUUUGCGACAUGAACAACAUGCGGGCGGACUACGAACGUGAAUAUCCAUCCGAGGACGUCCAGAACGAAUUUUUCCGGGCGUACCUGAAAGAUUUGGAAUGUUCAUCUUUGCUGGCUGGCCAACAGGAGGAGUUUUUGACCGCCAUGCGCUUGCAUGUUGGAAAAUAUACGCUCCUCUCGCACUUGGGUUGGGCCGUAUGGAGUUUGGUACAACACAAUUUGUCCGAUAUCGAGUUUGACUACCUUGCGUACGCACAGCACCGCAUGGAUGGUUACGAGUUGUUUAAAGCAAAAUUCUGGAGAUGA